GGCCUCUUAUCCCGCCUCCUGCUCUGCUGCUGUCCUCUCCUCUCCUGAACGCUGAUGUGUUACUAACUUCAGCCUCUAUCUCUGACAAAAUGGUCAAUUUCGGAUCCAAACUGCUGCUGCUGCUUCUCCUGGCCUUCCCCUGUGGAUUGAUAUCCUUCGGCCACGUCUCCGCAGACUCUGCUGAGGACAUUGCUGAGGACCCAGAAGCUGCAGUAGAUGAGGAGGAGGAGGAGGAAGAAGAAGAAGAAGAAGAAGAGGUGCUUGUUGAAGAAGAUCAGAUGCAACCUGCGGAAGGAGACGAAGAAGAGUCUGAUGAAGCAGCUGAUAAACUGACAUCGGCUCACCCUGAUGCCGACACAACCAUCGUCUUCGUGACAGGAGAAGAGUUUACUGCCAAUGAAAUUGUGAGGUUCCUGGUGGGUUUCACCAACAAGGGAAGUCAGGAUUUCACCGUUCAGUCGUUGGAGGCCUCCUUCCGUUACCCACAAGACUUCCAGUUCUACAUCCAGAACUUCACAGCGUUGCCUCUGAGCACCGUGGUGCAGCCCCAGGCUCAGGCCUCCUUCGAGUACUCCUUCAUCCCAGCUCAGCCCAUGGCAGGUCGCCCAUUUGGUCUUGUUAUCCUCCUCAAUUAUCUUGACACUGAGGGCAACAUGUUUCAGACUGCCAUCUACAACCAGACUGUCAACAUCGUCGAGCUAGACGAGGGACUGGACGGAGAAACAAUGUCCUUGUACAUCUUCCUGGUUGGACUGGGGGCCCUGGUGGUCUUUGGGAUGUACCAGGUGCUGGAGACGAGGACGAAAAAGAGAAUCUCUGUGAAAAUAGAGAAGGGCACUGGUGGGAUGAACGAUGUGGACAUCAGCUGGAUUCCUCAGGAGACUCUCAAUGUCAUGAACAAGGCUUCCCCUAAAGCAUCUCCACGGAAAAGAACCAAUAGGGCAGCUGGAGCCGAUCAAUAAAACUCUCCGUUCCCAUCCAUCAUCAUCAUACUGUCCAUCAGGCUUUCAAAGCUCAUUUCCUCGCCGUUGUAACACAAUUCCCAUUUACAAUGGAUCAAGAUUUCCAACCCGAGUGUUCCAGAUGUUUGUGUGGAUCUCAUCCUGCCGGAACGACGACCAGAGAGCAUCCUGGACUCUACUGCUCUGAUCAGAGCAAGGCCAUUUAGACACUAACAGGACUGAACUACAGUCCACUUUGAAAGGGACGUUUUUUUAUCAGUACGUGUGUGAAAGGUGAUAAAAGAUGAACCAAUAAGUCAUUAAAGUUUUUGUGGGGAAAAAAAACAAGAUUGUGGUACAAACUGCCCCGAAAAGAAAGCAGAAUAAAUCAACCUGCUGGCUUUAUGAAUGCUGUCAAGUCAUAAUUCAAUGACUUCUCUAUUAUGUAAACACCAUUGUGCCUUUCUGUGCUGUAUGUGCGGUGCCCUGCAAAGACUUAAUGUUAAGAAAAAAGUAGAUUAAAAGGUUUCCCACUAAUGCCCCUCUGCUUUUACCAUCCAGUCACAUACAGCAGGAGGUUUCUAAAAGUAAAUGUUUUUCAGUGGAGCAAUGGCAGCUGCAAUUGCAACGUAUACUAAACCGUGUUCUCUUGAGGUUUCUGCAGGUUAGGUUACCUGUUGUUUUUCACCGUGUUGUAAUGUAACUUCUCCUUGGUUGAGCAUUGCAAACUAUUUACAGGUGCUGUCGAAUUGCAAGCCAUUUCUUUUGGGAGAAAAAUAUGUUUUCAAAGACAAUAAAAGGGUGAACAAAGUGUAUUUUGUCCCAUUAGUU